UUAAAAAUCAGUUUUGUCAGAAGGUAUCCAUAUCCAUCCGCAAACUGUUGUGUUGGUAUCCAAAACUAGGGUUUUGUGAACUAUCGAUUUUCCUUGUUUUUAUCGAUCCAUUUUCUUGUGAGCUGAGUAUUUCUCUGCUGCAAAUACCAAUCCCAAUCCCAAUCCCAACAGUUUUUAUAUACAAAAUCGAAAAUGGUGGAAAGGAAGCUGUACAAAACGAAACUAUGCAUGCUUUAUCAGAGAGGUCGUUGUCAUCGUCAGACUUGCUCUUUCGCUCAUGGCAAUGCCGAGCUCCGUCGCUUCUCAGAUUCCGGUGGCGAAAGGCGAGAUUUUCGUGGUCGUGACUUGAGAGAGAAGCUUGAUAGAGAGCAUUCUCCAGUGGGCAGAUACUCUUCUGGUAGAGGGCAUUCUCCAGUGGGCAGAUACUCGUCUGGUAGAGGGCAUUCUCCAGUGGGCAGAUACUCCUCUGAUAGAGGGCAUUCUCCUGUGGGCAGAUACUCCGCUGAUAGAGAUGCAAGAGAGAGACAUGCAUCCCGUGGGCACAGUCCUACUGAGUCUGUUGAGAGGAGUGAUAGAAAGCGCAGGAUGAAACAUCAUUCGGAUGGUCAAAGUGAUAUCUCUGGAAGUUUGAACAUGUCAGAUGGGACAGGAAACCAUGUGAAGGAGAAAAAACAUUUAUCUUCCAAUUCCAAAGAUGUCCUUCAGCUUAGGCAGUUGCAAUCUGAAAUCAAUAUGUUGGAUGACGAAAAACGAGAACUGGAGAUAUACCUUGAAGAGACAACUUGUCAGGCAGAGAGUCUAGCUUCAAAAAAUCAGGAACUAGAGAUGGAACUUUUCAAGGAAAGGGAGGAACGUAAAAGGAUAACUUCGAAGGCUAAGCAGUUUAUUGAAGCAUAUAAUAAUCACUCACGGUUAGAAGCUGAACUGAAGAGGUCAGAAGCUCAGCUUCAAAACCUCGCUAAUAAACUCAACUCAGAUUUCAUCAGAACUGGUGCAAGUGAAGAGGAUUCUGCCAUCAACAUUAGUGAUGGAGGGAUGGCUGGUAAUCAUUUUAGCUCAUUGGAUGAGCAGCAGAAGAAUACUUCACCUACCAAGAAAAGGCCGAGAAUUCAUCAUGAAGCUGAUGAAACCUCAAAUCAAGCUUCAACAAGAGCAAAAGGAAAUGCUUCACAGAGGAUUUCUUAUCCUACUCAGCCGAGUAAUGAGAAGAAAGACGAGGCAGAGUUCAAUUGGGAGAAUGGGUAUAAGACCGUAGGGGGUGAAGAGAAGUCUAAGAAGGGGAUAAACUUUUCCAAUGACAUGACUUUCACUAACAAGCUUCAACAAAUGGAUAAUGGUCGGGCCAAUUGUCCACAGAGUUUCGAACCGUCCGCCACUGGUCUUCCAGGGAUUCUCGGUUAUCAAAUAAUUGGACCCAAAACUUCUGAUAUUGCCGUUGUUUUGCCAUCAACCAGCAUGGCCGCUCAUGCAAAGGAUGAAGAUGUCGAAGUUGGUGAGAUGGAGGAAAAGCUUGAAGUAGCUGGGAAUGCUACAAGAAGAGCUGGGAAGGGAGUUCCUUCUGGUAUCGCAGAGUUUCCUUUUCUUCCACCUCCUCCUCCUCUUCCUCGAGGUGCUUGUUUGCAGUAUAAGCUUGAUGAUGCAGAUGGACGUGAUGAAGAGACAUUGGAGGUGGAUAUUGUUUAGCGUAGUGAUCCAUAUGUUGCCAUUAUAGGAUGUGACUUCGUACGCUGCUGGUGAAUAUGUAGAGGAAUAGAGCUAAUGGGCUGGAAAUUAUGGUCCAUACAAGUUUUUUUGGAUACUAAAGAUUGUUAUCAACUAAAUUAACUGAGAAUGGUGCUUUAAGCUUGAUUACCAGUUUUCUUUUUGUACAGCAAAUUAGUAGUAUUGAGUCUAUUUGAGGUGUGCUCGUCUAUAAAGCAGCACAUAAAUAUACAUUACCUGUAUAAUUAUCAUUUAUUAUUUCUUAA